AUGGUAAAUUUCAGGCUAUUGGGCGCAUUGGCCCUGGUCUCCCCGGCCGUUCUUGCGCAGGACUGCAUUUCCCUGGCCACCUCGACAGCUUGCAAGGCUUUCAAUGCUUCAUCUAUAUCUGCUACAAAUACUACUUUAAUUGGACUAUUUCCAUUCCUCGCCUAUGUCACAUCUACAGAAUCAUUCGACACCGAAUUAAAUCGUUAUGUCUCUCAACAGUAUGUCUCGGAAAAGUUCACAAACCUCUUUGGCUGUGAUAAUGUCAACCUCGGCAACACCUCCAGCUACUAUGCCCGUUAUACGACGAGCUUUCUCUGCAAUGCAAUCAUACAGAAUUCCCGGGACUCUUGUCAAUCCACCCCAGCACAACUGACACCGCUGUGUGCCGACGCUUGUGCAGACAUGGCAAUCAGUGAAGAGCAGAUUGUAUCCAACAAUGCCUUGUGUUCCGGACGAGCGGACAGCUAUGCCGACCAAUUGCGCGCUGACUUCACCAACUGUGCUCUACCGGCCAACUCUAUCAGUGGAACAUGUAUCGCUGGAGCAUUAAACGAGCCUCGAGAUUGUGGUUUUGCUGGAAAUCUCAUGGGCCUCUGCAAUUUCUGCCGAGCCAGUACGGAAAACGCCACCGACUCCUGCUGUUUGACCUCCAACGCGACUGGUCGUUGUGAGGAUGUCACCCUCCCGGUCUUCUCUACGCUUCCAAACCUUCUUUCUUCAACCGCCAGUGCCACCUCCUCAUCCACCGGAAGCGCUUCAACGAAUGCCGCAGCAUCCACAGGAGGUGGCAAUGGUCUAAGUGGUGGUCAAAUCGCUGGAAUCGUGGUUGGAUCAGUGCUGGGAUUCUUGCUACUUCUGGCUUUGAUUGUCCUCGCCUUCAUGUGCCUACGCCGCAGGAAGAACGAUAGUAAGGCCGGUAGUUUACUCAAUCAGCCAUCUCCACAAAGGAAAGGACCAACAUCCUCAGCUUACAAUCAACCAAUGACCCAACCAGGCUAUGAGGUACUUCCUGGUGGUCGAGUUGCUCGCAUGUCAGCUCUACAAGAUGAACAACCCUCGGGAGCACCUCAUGUUGGGCCCCGUAACUACACUUCGCACACCGACCCAUAUGGUGGCAGCCCAGGAUCGGGUCAAAAGGCCUUGGGUAUGGGGGCCGCCAAGCUCGGAGAUUCUCCCGGAAGCGACUCACAACAAGGCAGCUCACCUGGCAGUGGAGGUGAUUUCUCUUCACCAGAGGGAGUUGCAAGUGGCCAGUCAGAACAAUUACCCUUUUUCAAAGACUACUACUCAAAUGACGACAUCCACCCUGGAGAUAAAGUCUCAGCUCUGUGGGCAUAUCAGCCUCGCGCCGGAGACGAGUUUGAACUGGAAAGGGGAGACAUGCUCAAAGUGGUGGGCAUUUGGGAUGAUGGGUGGGCCACAGGUGUUCGAAUCGAUGAUCGUGCCGAAGACUAUGAUGGCAAACACAAGCUUCAACGCGACAGCGGAGUGUCGAACGGGACGGCAACUCGAGAAGACUCAGGAACACCUCUGGGAGAAAUCAAGGCAUUCCCCUUGGUUUGCGUGUGCCUACCCGAAGCAUGGAGAAAGACCGUUGAAGGUGAUACUUCGACGGAAAGCGGCUCAGGAGGACCGCCUCAGAUGUGA